GCGAACUGCGCUGAUAGGCAACCUCACUGUCAUUCUCUAGUCCGUACCCGUCGUGCGCUUUGGCGUUGAUUUAAGUCACUUCUCAAGGCAUCUGCCUGCUUAUUUGCGCGCGCUUCCCAGACCAAUCAACAACCAUGCGAACCAUCUCCUGGGCUCUUCUGUAGACUUUUUGGCGCCAGGAAGAGUCCAACCACACACCAUCUCUCUCUCUCUCUCUCUGACUCUGCACAGCACAGCGACAAGACCGAGACCGUGUGAUACCUCCAGUCUCACGCGCUCUGUCCUUGCGACGGAUCGACGCCCCCAUUCACGACUGCCCCCUCCCAUCGCCACGCAGCCUGCCCGUCUGCCUCUUUAUCUCCCAGCUGGCAACGGCGUCUCCCAGCCAUCCCGCUAACGCAAAAAUGUCGACCUCUUCAGGUCCGCCCGAGUCCUGGGUUGCCUCGUUCUGCUCAUUACUGGGCCAUGAGUACUUUGCAGAGGUCUCCGAGGAGUUCAUCGAGGAUGACUUCAAUCUGACUGGGCUGCAGUCACAGGUUCCUAUGUACAAGGAAGCCCUCGAGAUGAUCCUGGAUGUCGAGCCAGAGGACGACGAAGACGAAGAAGAAGACGAGGACGAGGACGAUGAGGACAUAAGUGGCGAUGCCCUGGACCGCAGGCUCCCCGGCGAGCGGCGGCAACACAACCGGAUGAACAGCGACCUCUCGGUGAUCGAGUCGUCGGCCGAGAUGCUCUACGGGCUCAUACACCAGCGGUACAUCUGCUCCCGCGCAGGCAUACAGCAGAUGAGCGAGAAGUACGAGAUGGGCCACUUCGGCUGUUGUCCGCGGACCAACUGCAACCAGGCCCGCACCCUCCCUGUAGGGCUGUCCGAUAUACCCGGCGAGGACACGGUCAAGCUGUUCUGCCCGUCGUGCCUCGACGUCUAUGUGCCCCCCAAUAGCCGCUUCCAGACCGUCGACGGGGCCUUCUUUGGCCGCACCUUUGGCGCCUUGUUCCUGCUCACCUUCCCGGACUACGACUACUCCAAACACGGCGCCGACCUGCUGUCGUCGAAUGCGCUGCACAUCUCGCGCCGCUCUGGCGAGGUGGAUGUCAUGAUCAAUGGCAUGCACGCGCGGAACAUCGCACCAGGCCUCGGCCCCACCAAGAUCUACGAGCCUAGGAUCUACGGCUUCAGGGUCUCGGAGCUGGCCAGGUCGGGCCCGCGCAUGCAAUGGCUACGCGACAAGCCUGCCGACAUCAACGAGCUGGACGAGGUGCGCAGGUAUGCACUAGAGAAUCCCGAUUCAGACGACGACGAGAGCAUGAACGGCACGAGCAGUAGACCACCACGUCGGCGUGUUCGGCGCCGGCCGCAGCGGCAAGACGAGAAUGGCAGCCCAACAGCGGUCGAGGCUAAUGGCGCCGAGUCUGAGCUAUAGCGAGGCAAGAGAAAAGCGCAGGACUCACCUUCCGACUCCAAACGAGGAGUCACGAAAUUCCUUGCUUUACGCCAGACAUCUCACGGGCCCGUUGGUCGUCUUCGCAGCAGCCCGUCCAAACCUUUCAUCCUUCUCGACGUCUCCCUCACAAGAGACACGAGGGCAUGAAGGUGCGAAGUCAGGCUAUUGCAGACUUUCUUCCCAAGCCAUCACAUCGGUGUUUGGCUGUCAUGCCAUGGCCCCUCUCUACUCACAGUUCUCCUGACCUCCUGCCCCAAAUCUCAACAUCCAAACACUAUUGAGGAUAGGCGCUUGUGGGCACCCAAGAGUGGGUUUCUGG